AUGCGAUUUUUGAUUCUUCUCUCCUUUUUGGUCUUGUUCUCAUUCGAGGAAGUGCUUUGGGACUGUUCGUCUGAUAUUAGAUGCGUUCUUGGCGGAUGGUGCGAAGAUAAAGACUUAAAAUGCGUACAGCCUCCAGGAUUCCUUGAGCCGAGCUGCUGCACAAAGGAACCACUAUGCCUAACCGGAUGGAAGUCUAAUAUAAAAAUUGAUGAUGACACUAUCACAUGCACUCUUGCGAACACUUCAAUCGAGGACUGUUGUCUUAUCGUCCAUCCGAAGUCGUUGCUUAAUCACUCAUUAUUCAAUUAUACAAAAUCGACAGAAGACCAACCACAAUGCGAAUCGAACAUUGACUGCGGACCCAAUAUGUUCUGCGACAACCUGGUUAACAAAGAUAGGGAAAUUUCUAAUAGAACUGGAUGUUUCAACAUCUCGAAAAGGGCGGACACCGCGACGAAACUUCUGUUUGAGAUUGGAAUUCGGAUGUGCAAAUCGGACGCCGAGUGUGACGGAUUUAACUGUUUGGAUGCUACCAAUGAAACUUAUGGAUUCUUCGGAACUCGUGAAUUCUGUCAGAUCAAUGUUGAAGCCCCCGCCAAGAAGCCGCUGGUCCCGUGUUCCGAAGACAUGGAUUGUGUCCAUCUGAUGGAUGGAAUGGUCGGAUCCGCCGGACUGAUUCCCAAUGCGUAUUGCAAUCAAACAGGAGAUUUCUGUUGUUCCGGAUUGCUGGACGUCUGCUUUGGCGGCAAUCUCGUCCGGCCAUUGCGAAAAUGCCAAGCAGGAACAAUGGCCGGAUUUGAGACCUGCAAUCCGGACAUGGGAAAUGGGGAUCUCCUGGGAUUUUGCACAGACAUCGGAGUCUGCUGUGAAGGACCUUAUGAAGAUCCUGUCGUUUGCCCGGACGGUGUGCACCCGCUCUUCAUAGAGCCGGCGUGCCACCGUGGAGAUUCCGGAUAUUUCGAGUGCCCGAAGAAAUCGACAAUUGCACUUGUGAGAAUGAGAACGAAGAAGAUGACGGUUGGGCCGAAUGGGACCGCGUAUGGAAUAGCCAUCGUGUGGGUGUGCUUCCGGAUUUAUCGAUUCUUCGAAGUACGAUAUUUUCCAAACGCCUACGACCAAAGAAUAGCGCUGGAAGAGGCGUACGAGGAGAUGAUGAUGAGGCGAAUGGAGGAACGGCACGAAGAGAUUCUGGAGAACUGGCGGCGGGAGAAGUACGGCACACGGCACACGAAGCAAACAUGUGAGUGCGUUACUUCGACCGAAACGCCGUCUUCCCUUUAUUCGUCGGAACUGAGUGAGGCUGAAAAGAGAAAGAAGUGGACGAAGACAUUCCGAAGAGGAAGAGGAAGACGGGUGAUGAAGCAAAAGAAAAGAAUGCACCAAAGGAGAAGAAACAAGAAGCGUGCAAGAAUGGAAAAAUCAAAUGAAGAGCAUAUGAGGCGAAGCACACGAGUCUUCUUGAAGGCUUUUGUAUACGGCGCCCCGUUAUUCCUCAUUAUGGUUAUUGGAUUCUUUUUCAUUCCCGACGUUGUUUCCAAUGCAAUCACUGCCGAAAUAGAUGAAUUGCUGAAGGAACUCAAAGAUAUUGGUCAAGAUGCAAUUUCGGGCGCUUCGAACGAUAAAGACGAGUUUCUCAAAGCGCUGGCCAAUGGGAAAGUGACCAUCGCGGAUUACGUCUCCCGCGAAGAAGCCAUGAUCAUCAUUCCAACACUUGUGAUGACAGCCCUGUUUUUGCUCGUCACGAAGAGGGCAUAUACAGCGACGAAGCUUCUCAACGAGUUUGGAGUUCAAAUCUGCAAAUCGGACGCUGAUUGCGGAGAUUUCAACUGUUUGGAUGCGACAGAAAAAAUGGACGGUUUCUGCGGUUGUCGUGAAUUUUGUCAGAUCAACGUCGUCAUUCCCGCCAAGAAGCCGCUGGUCCCGUGUUCGGAAGACAUGGAUUGCGCACAUCUGAUGAAAGGAAUGGUCGGCACUGGCGGGUUGAUUCCCAAGUAA